AUGGCGGAUUCAUUUUGGUUUUGGAGUAAUAUUACAGAUAUUUCAUCCAUUAUUGAUGAUGACCAGAAUAUAAGAGGAGGAGGAGGAGGAAGAAGAGGAUAUAAUCAAGGUUGUCAAGAACAGGAGAUGAAUAUGAAUUAUACAGGAGUUGGAGUUGCAGGAGGAAGAAGAUAUAAUGAAGGUGGUCAAGAACAGGAGAUGAAUAUGAUGAGGAGUAUGAUGACAAGCUUUGAAGAUGAUGAUCAUCAUCAAAAUACUACUGCUACUAAGAAAACUAAAGCUAUUAAGAAAUGUGGUGGUAGAACUUGCCAGAAGAAACCAGAGAAGAAAACCCCAAAAAGAGGAGUAGGUAUUGCCAAGUUAGAAGAGACUAUUAAGCAGAAAAAUUCAUUGUUAGCAGCAGCAGCAGAUCGACAAGUUUAUCAUGGAUAUCCAACAACAGCUGAAGUAAUACCAACAACAACAUAUAAUCAUUCUCAUCAGCCCAUUCCUUUUCAUCACCCCUUUCUAAAUCGUCAACAACAAAAACAGACUAGUACUGUAUUUUCAUCAUCCUCAUCAGUCGUUAAUGGAGAUGCUAAUACAAAACAUGUAUUUGAUGGUGGUCAGUUGGACUUGAACCAUGUACCUAAUGCAAAUAUCCAUGAGAACAAAGGUUACGAUCAAGUUAUGAAAUAUGGUUCAUCAUCAACAGCUACAAAUGUCAGUAAUAAUAAUCAACUGAUGUUCAAGUCCCAUGCUCCACAAACUUAUCUUCUUCAUCAUCAGCAGCAGCAGCAACAUGGGAACAAUGAAGCUCGUUAUUAUAAUCCAAAUCCAAAUCCAAAUCCAAAUGCAGGUUCUGGUACUGAUCGUCAACAUGGGAACAAUAAUGUUGCUGGUUAUAACUCUCGGCCUGAAGUCGCAGAGCUCUCUUCAACCCAAAAGCAGCACCAAAAUUAUUGUUUAUCUCAACAUUCUGAUCAUAUUUGGCUCAAUAACCAGAAAAAUCUUAACAAUGGCGAGAAUAUAGGAGGAUUUACAAGACUUAAUAACAAAUCAGAUUUCCUAGAAUCUGAUCUUGGACGUAACUGGAAUAGUAAUUAUAAUAAUGUUAAUGGACGUCAACUCAAAAAGGAAUUUACUUCAUCUUCUUCUAUAGCUGCUACACCAGGAUUAGUACCCACCACCGGUUAUUCUGGAGUUACUGCUAAGGGAAAAUCAUCAUUAUCAUCUUCAUCAAGUAGUUUUUACGAAUUCUUAUCAUUAACAACUGGUGGUAUAAAAGGUCAUCAUAAGAAAGCAGAUUAUUAUGAUCAGCAGCAGCAGUACUACUCAUCAAAUUACUCUUCUUCUUCUUCUUCUUGUAUCAUGGAAGAAUCAGGUGCUGCAUGUUCAUCAGUUAGGAAUGGAGCUGCUCAUGAUAAUAUAUCAUCAUCAUCUCAAUCUAAUACUACUACUCACGAUCAUGAAUUUCUUGAUUUGUCUCUCAAGCUUUCUUCUUACCAUUAA